GGACUACGAGUCACAUGAUGAGGAAGUGCAACCAAGCGAUACAGGAUGGGCCGCACCUGUAGAGAAAACAACGAAUGGAUUGAAGUGGUUGCCUUGACAGCCUUGUCUGUGCGGGCAUAAAGAUAUAAAGUUUCGUUUCUCCGUAGACUGAGCUCCUCACUAAGCAAUACGCAUGGCCGACGACUGCCAUCAAUACCGGACCCACCUCGCCGUCAAGCUGGAGCUCCAGAAACACACAGCCCUCGGUAACACCAUGGCAGAAAUAGAGUCAACCAGCCAUGAUCAAUAUCUAAAAGAUAUGGAGGACGAGCUCACCUGCAGCAUUUGCCUCUCUCUCUUCCAAUGCCCGGUGACGAUUUCAUGCGGACACAACUUCUGUCAAGACUGUCUUACCUCCAGCUGGAAGGAGAGUUAUGACUGCCCUCAAUGUCGGGCCCACUUCCCCACCAGGCCAGAGCUCAAGAAGAACACGGUACUCAGUACUGUGGUGGAAAAGUUCAGAACCCGCUCCAGUAUGACUGAGUUCGGGCUCGAGAGGAAGGAAGCCGUCAAAAAGCCCAUCGUGAUGUGCGAUACGUGUAUGUCCUCCGAGGCGGACAAGACCUGCCUCACCUGCAUGGCGUCGUUCUGCCUCGAGCACGUUCGGCCCCACCACGACAACCCGAACUACCGCGCGCACCAGCUCAGAGAGCCGCUCGCGGACAUGAGCGAGCGUGUCUGCCCCGACCACCACAAGCUGAUGGAGUUCUUCUGCGUCCAACACAGCCGCUGCAUCUGCAGCUUCUGCCUGCAGCAGGUCCACAAGGGAUGCGCCUUCUCGACUCCCAAUGAACAAAAGGCUCUGAAAGAGUCUGAUUUGAAAUCCAAAUUGUUGUCGCUGGAUUCAAAGAUUGAAAAUACCGAGGCUGCCAUUUCCCAGAUGACAGUGGAAAAGAACAAGUUAAAGGAAUCUGUGACCAGCAGGAAGAAGAUCCUGGAGGCAGAGUACCAGCAGAUCCGAGAGAUGCUGGACAAAGAGGAGCGUGAAGCCAUGAACACAGUGGACCGCCAGCUGCAGAGUGGAGAGGACAAGUACAAUAAGGUCACAAAGAGGUUCUCCCAGAAUAUCCAGGAGAUGGACAAUGCCAAACGCGGCAUCAGCGAUCUGCUGAGUCAGUCAGCCACCCUAGCCUUUCUGCAGGAUUCUUCAGUGGACCUGCCUUCUGUUGUCAAUGCUGAGUGCAAGACUCCUCGGGUGAAUUUGGACAACCCAGACGUGAUUGGCGCCCAGACGUUCGUCGUUGUCUUCAAGGAUUAUCUGUGUGACCUGUUGAAACAACCUGUUGAGAAGAGACUAACGAUACUGAAACCAGAAUUCAAUAAUGGAAUAUUUGCUACUGAGCCACCCCAGGUACCCGAACCUUCCCAAAGCCAUGUUAGGUCUUCCAGCCGCGCGAGGUCCCGUGGUCCAGGUCCGUUGAUGAAUGAGCCAUUCCUGAGUCCUGGGCUAAUCCCGGGUCCCGGGCCCUUCCAUGUUCAACCAGGUUUCUACCCCGGUCCGGGGCCCUUCCCGGUUCCACCAGGUGUCUACCGUGGUUCAGGGCCCCACCAGUUUCCACCAGGUGUCUACCGUGGUCAAGCAGCCUUCGCGGUUCCAAGGUUCCCAGGACCCAGGGGCAGACAUCAGCGGAAACCGGCGCAGGGUCAAAAAGAAAAGGGUGAGACCAAGAUGAAGGCAUCCCGCUCUGUGGAGAACCUUCUGAAUGUAAACAAGAGGGAUCAAUCCAGAGGCCGGACACCUGAACAGAAACCAACAGAGGAUCAAGAAACUUUGAACGUCCCGCCCAGCAUUACCUCCCCCGUAGACAGACACGAGCUGCUCCAAUACGCCACGGUGCUCACCUUGGAUCCAAAGACGGCCCACAGACGUGUGAAGCUGAGCGGCGACCUGACCGAGGCCUCAGUGAUGGACGUGCCAGCGAACUACCCCGACGGCCCUGCGCGGUUCUCCGUCUGCUCCCAGGUGCUGGCCUCCAAGGGUUUCUCAAGGGGGCGCCACUACUGGGAAGUGAAGAUGAGCAGCAACAACUUUGUGGGCAUAGGGCUGUCUUACGAAAGCAUGGAUCGCAAAGGCCCCACCAGUCGCUUGGGCCGUAACGACCAGUCCUGGUGCGUGGAGUGGUUCACCCUGAAGCUGUCUGCCUGGCACGCCAACAGCGAGACGGUGCUGGAGAGUCUCAGUGCCAGCCGCAUUGGCGUGCUGGUGGAUUGUGAUGAGGGAACGGCCACGUUUUACAGCAUUGGUGAGAAGGCGAAUCCCUUCCACACUUUUGUGUUUCCUUUCACACAAGCCGUGUAUCCGGCUUUCUGGAUCUUCUCCAACACCUCUUCCAUCGCCUUGUGCAAGCUGUCUGGCUGAGGGGUGGCUAUGCAUACAUUGGCUUCAUGAGAUGGUACGAUCUACACUAAUACAUUUACUCUUUUCUUGAUACACAGGGACAACACUUAAUUGCUUGAACAAACCAGAUUAUUUAAACACUCAAACAAUUGCACUUUAUUCUACUCGCCAAUCCCUAAAUGUCUCAUGAUUAAUGAAGUUCAAAUGUGUCUUGAAAAGUAAAACACGGGUGCCUUAAGUCUGAUACGUGAGACUGAAUUGUAUGUUAUACACGGGCCGUUUUACAUUCUUUCACUUCAAAUGUGUUUCGACCAAUCAUGUUCCUCCUGGGAGCGGAGAAGUCGCAACUGGAACCAACCUGACAGGCUGCAGCACAGAAAAUGUGACAUGGCUCCCCAUCGAUUGGAAGUGACAAAAAAAAAAAUGUCAAGACGUCUGCCGUCGGUCGAUUAUGCUGUCAUGGCUUUGAUCUUUCAAAAAAGAAAAUACAUGAAUUAGUGCUAGGUGAAAACUCUUGACGUGAACCCAGACUCACCUCUGGCUCUAGAAGAGUUUUAAAACGUGACCUGUAGGCAUUAGUGACGGUGCCAAGGUGGUGGGCAUUGAUGGCAGGACUCUUAUACUGCGCUAUCCCCAUAGUGGUGCUGCAAUAUAAUUAUUCUGUAACGUGUAUGAAGACAAGUGAAAAUCCUGACCGGCCAUCAACGUCCUUAGACGAAGUGUAAAGGGUUAAAAUCCAACCUGUGUGGGAAAUGGGCCACAGUAGAAAUACAUUUGUUAAAGUUGUAUUCUGAACCCUCCAUCUUGCCACGCUCUAAGGAGUUUCUCGCAGACUCUGGACGAAUAUCUCCGUUACCGUCACAGUUACUCCGUCAUAUAUCUAUAUCAGAGAUUACAUAAUUUUAAUCCAAAUGUUAAGGUCAUAUGUAUUGGGUCUUGGGUUUUUAAUUUCAGUGGACCGCUCAAUGGUAUCAAUGACGAUCAGAAGUCGUGGGAACCUUCGCUUUCUUUCGAAUGGUUCAAAUUGGUCGUUACUUUAUGAAGCAAUAAGUAAUGAGAGGCUGUGAUUUAUGAAUGGCGAGGGGGUAUUAUGCACAACCUCAACUGUUAUAUUCCAUUUGAUUUUAAUGUACAUUUAUUUGGAUCAAUUUAUACCUUGUUGGGAUUUGCGCCAUGUAUUAUUUAACUUAUCAAUGUCCUUGUCUGUGAAAUACUCAAUACUGACAUGUUCUUGUUUUAACUGUGUCUGCAACUUUUCUGCGUAUGUGUACUUUGCUGUACUCUUAAUCCCUUAGGUCUGAAGACAACUCUUCAUUCCAGGGGCGCGACCAUCCCUUAAACUCACUGUACAUAUGCUUCAUGUACUGUAUCUGAAUAAACGUUGAAACUCUAGGAGUGCUA